CUGUGGGUUAGAAUAAUACCAACUUUUCGUAAUAUCAUUCUGUACGAUGAUAGUAAACGAUGUUUACAAGUAACUAUAAAUUACAAUCAAUAAAAUAAGAACAAUAUUUAGUGAAUAAAAAGUAGACAAUUAGUGUUUUUUUUCUAAAAUAGUUUUUAAAAAGAGCGAUUUCAAAAAUGGAAUCAAAAUUGUUUUUGCGUGGGAACGAGACUUAUGACGAUUUUUUUAAUCGGUGCAAUAAUUUGUCGCAUUUCGAUUGUAGUGAGGAAGAAAUGCUAUGGUGGUUGAUGGGGUCUAGACGUUUACCUUUGAAGGAAAUAGUACCUAUUAGUGUUAUUUUAGUGGUAAUAUUCCUGACUGGUGUGAUCGGCAAUGCGUGCGUUUGUGUGGUGAUAGUGAAGCACCCGGGUUUGCAUACGGCGACUAAUUAUUAUCUUUUCAGUUUGGCUGUUAGUGAUCUGUUGCUCCUUUUGUUUGGUCUUCCAAAUGAUUUAUCAGUGUACUGGCAUCAAUACCCGUACAGUUUGGGGAUCGUCUUCUGCAAAUUGAGGGCUCUUAUCUCUGAAGCGGCCACAUACGUCUCAGUGUUGACAAUAUCAGCGUUUUCUCUGGAGAGAUACCUGGCUAUAUGCCAUCCUCUCCACUUGUACACCAUGGCUGGCCUGACCAGGGCUUCAAGGAUUAUUCUCAUACUGUGGAUCAUUUCGAUAGUGUGCGCUUCGCCCUUUGCUGUUUACAGCGAAAUAAGCUACAGGGAUUAUCCUCCAACUGCAGUAGUGAUAGCAUUCUUCGUAUGCUGGGCGCCGUUCCACGUUCAGCGCCUGUUCUUCAUCUACGGGUACAGUCUACCGCAGUUCCAUGUCAUCAAUGAGCACCUGUUCAACGUGGCUGGAGCCCUGUACUACGUGUCGGCGACCGUCAACCCUAUACUGUACAAUGUUAUGAGUGGCAGAUACCGCAUCGCUUUCCAAGAGACUCUACUCUGCAGGAAGGUCCGUGGUCGGCGAGACUCCCGCAUCAUCAAUUUGGAUCACACGAUCUGCCGGGAGGUCACGACCCUACCCAGCGUCAACUCGACUAGUAUAAAACGAGAAUCGAGAAUAUCAUUUAUUAGCAAAGUCGAUUUCGUAAAAGAUCCAUCACCUUACUGUGUUAGUGAAGACAGAGAUUGCGAAGAACCCGUUUUCAAAAGUUAUUCGAAAACUUGAACCUGUUUUUGUAAAAAUCCUCAGGUUCUGGUUGUCGAUGAAAAAUGUAAGGAAUCUACUUUUGUAUUAUCGUGUAAAUAAAUAACUAUUGACAUA